AUGGAACUCUUGGAAACCGCCGGUAUCAACUCUGGUGGAGGAGCCUUCUUCGAGUCUAUUCCAGGAAUUCCAAAGCCCAAAGUGAAGUUCGAGUCCGAGUAUGUAGCUGAAACUCGCCAGCCGAUAAGGGGAUUAGCUGGGCCCCCGAUCACAGCUACCAAGACGUUUGACGAGGUUUCGUCGAAGCAGUUCGAUAUCAUUUUAAUACCAGGCGGUUCAAUUCAACUUGAUAACAUUUCGAAACCGCUUGCCGAGUUUGUACGGGCACAGCUACCGGGUGCCCAAUACGUCCUCACGGUCUGUAGUGGUAGCUGGCUGCUUGCCGCACUGGGUCUGCUCGACGGGAAAAAGGCCACCUCCAAUAAAUUUCUAUUCAACGAAAUCAAGAAAACGACUAGUUCGAGUAUCCAAUGGGUGGCUAAGGCGCGUUGGGUUGUUGAUGACAAUAUAUGGACGAGCUCGGGUGUGACUGCAGGACAGGAUAUGGCGUACGAGUUUCUCAAAACGCUCGCCGGACUGGAAUUUGCGAUUGCGGCGAAGAAUGUGCUCGAGUUGCGAGCGACUAGCUCAGACGAUGAUGAGUUUGCGGAUGUAUUUAAACUUACUUAA